CUGCCAGCCAGAGCCAGCUCAGGACCAAUUACAAGCUUCUUCUUUCUCAGUUAGCUUUCUGUGGAACUCAGUUUCUCUGUGUCUCCAAUGGUGAGGGUGGUGAUGAUUCUGCUUAUGGCUGCAAUAUUAGCCAUAAUAAUGCCAGUGUUUGCACAGGGCUUCAACAUUCAUCAGCUAAGGCAAAUGGUAGCCAAAACCAAUAGCUCUUGUUUGUUGGUGUUUGGAGAUUCAAGUGUUGACCCUGGCAACAACAACCAUCUUCCACUGGCCCCUAAAAGCAAUUUCCCACCUUAUGGGAAGGAUUUGUUCACCGGCCGCCGCCCAACUGGAAGGUUCACUAAUGGAAGGCUUGCCACUGACUUCAUUGCGGAAGCAUUUGGCUACGUGAACGUAAUCCAAGCAUUUCUUGAUCCAACCAUAAAGGAGGAAGCUUUAUUACACGGUGUUAGUUUUGCAUCAGCUGGCUCUGGCUACGACGAGCUAACCACCAACUUAUCGAAGGCGUUGCCUAUAUGGAAACAAAUGGAGUAUUUCAGGCAUUAUAAGAUUCACCUGAGUCGAGAAGUAGGAGAGAUGAAGGCUGAAGAAAUCAUCAGAAAUGCCAUACUUAUAGUAAGCAUGGGCACAAAUGAUUUCCUCCAAAACUACUACAUUGACCCCACUCGUUCUCAGCACUUCACUGUCAAGCAAUACCAGAAUUACUUGAUCUCUCGCAUGCUUCGUUUUGUUAAAACAAUGCAUGAGAUGGGAGCAAGAAGAGUGGCAAUUGUGGGGGUUCCCCCUUUUGGAUGCAUGCCCAUAGUGAAGACACUCAAGGACGAAUCCAAAUGCGAUGAUGAAUAUAACAAAGUCGCAUUCUCCUUCAAUUCCAAAAUAAAGCAGAAGUUGGCAGUCCUAAAUGCAUCACUAGCAAUGCAAACUGCAUACAUCGACAUAUAUAGAGUCAUAGCAAGUGCCAUACAUAGCCCCAAGAAAUAUGGUUUCGAGGAGACAUCAAAGGGAUGUUGUGGCUCAGGGCUGAUAGAAUUUGGCGACACAUGCAAGGGCAUGAGCACUUGUGCUGAUCCAACGAAGUACGUAUUCUGGGAUGCCAUUCAUCCAACUCAAAAGAUGUAUGAAUUUAUUGCUAUUGAGGCUUUGAAGUCUCUUGCAGCGAGUAUGAAUUGAUGAUAACCUAAGGAUGCUGCCAACUAGCUAGUCUCAAAAAGUACACCUGUCUCUCUAGUAGUACUAUUAAUUUGUGUGUUUCUCUUUUAUGAUUUUUGCUUUCCUCCCAUCUCAUUUUGGGUUCAUGUCGUUAUCAAUGUGGCAAUAAUUAAAUGUAAAAUACCAAAAGAUCAAAUAAAUUAAAAUAAAAAAGAAAAAG